AAUUGAUUUCUUUUCUCCAGCACACAGCGUUUGGGGAACAUUGCCUCCACCUGCGGAGCAGCUCCAGCAGGGUGAGGGGCGCGCACGCCUCUUCCAGUCGGAUGAGGGGUUGGGAAGAGGGCGAAGGACAUGAAACCGAGUUCAGCCGUGACCGCGAAAGACCCGGAGCCACAGACGCCCCGGGGAGAGCAGCGGGCGGUGGAGCCCGAGGGGCGCUGGCGGGACAAGGGCGAGGCGGACACUGAGCGACAGCGCACCCGGGAGCGACUGGAGGCCACGCUGGCCGGUCUGGCCGAGCUGGAGUUCCUGCGGCAGCGGCAGGAGCUGCUAGUCCGGAGUGUUCUCCGAAGUCCGGGGGUUGUAGCCGGGGCCGGGGCCGGAGCCGGAGCCGGAGCCGGGGGCGUGGCGCCCACUCGGGCUGUUGGGGAGCUGCAGGCUCCUGGAGAAGCCUCCCAGCGCAGUCGCCUGGAAGAGAAGUACUUAGAGGAGAACAUCUUGCUGCUGAGGCAGCAGUUGAACUGUUUGAGGAGAAGAGAUGCUGGUCUAUUAAAUCAGUUGCAAGAACUAGACAAGCAGAUAAGUGAUUUAAGGUUGGAUGUAGAAAAAACAUCAGAAGAACACCUGGAGACAGAUAGCCGUCCUAGUUCAGGGUUUUAUGAGUUGAGUGAUGGGGCCUCAGGAUCACUUUCCAAUUCCUCCAAUUCUGUCUUCUGUGAGUGUUUAUCCAGUUGCCAUUCCAGCACCUGCUUUUGCAGCCCUUUGGAAACAUCUUUAAAUAUCUCAGAUGGACACCCCAAAUCUACAGAUGAGGAAACUGAAGGCCAGAGAAAUGAAGUGAUUUGCCAAAGGUCACACAAUCUCAUAGGAUGGUUGGACCACAAAGAAGGGCAGUGUGAAGAUGCUUGCCGAUCGCUCUCUAUGCAACAUUCUAAUUCUCUCGACGUCAUUGCAGAUGUGAAUCCUAAAUAUCAGUGUGAUUUGGUCUCUAAAAAUGGGAAUGAUAUAUACCGCUAUCCAAGUCCGCUUCAUGCUGUAGCUGUACAGAGUCCAAUGUUUCUUCUUUCCAUGACCAACAGCUCUGUCAAAGAUGAGGGACAACUUGGUAGCAGUGCUAAUGAUGUUUGCAUUGGCUCGGAACUAGAUUCUGUCAAAGCAGAUAAUUCUUCCCUUCCACAAAGCAACUCAAUGUCUGUGUCCCAUCCUUCAUCCAAUAAGAAAAUAGAUGGUUACAUCUUGAGCCUAGUGCAGAAAAAAACACAUCCUGUUAGGACUAAUAAGCUGCGGACAAGCGUGAAUGCUGACCCCACAAAGGGCAUUCUUAGGCAUGGGAGCAUGUGUGUUAGAGCAACCGGUGGAGUUACACACAGUAACAGUGUUAACCUUAAGAAUUCUAAACAAGCCUGUUUGCAUUCUGGUGGAACAACCACUUUGGAGAAUGGCACAUUCUCCCCACUGAAGCAGUGGUUGAAAGACUCAAAGGGAGAACAGCUGGAAAGCCGGAGGAUGCCUGUGUCUGUGGGCUGCCCGCCAAACGCAGCCCCAGAUCAUCAAAGCAAGCACCUGCCAAAAAAUGUCAAGCCAGGCUCCCAGGAGUUUGCAUGGUGCCCUGUUUCUGGGGCAGGGGAUUCCCCUAAAGAAAAUGGUCAGCUCUUUACUGCUUCUCCAAAAGAAAGUCCUGGCCGCGUCCCAGCUCUCCAACAGGAGAACAAAGUUGUCCAGCCACUGAAAAAGAUGUCACAGAAAACCAGCUCACAGGCAGCUCUGCCAGCAAUUCCUCCUGCUGUGCCACCUCCUCCGCCCCUGCCUUCCUCCCUUCCUAUUGAAGAGAGACCUUCUUUAGAUUUCAAGAGCGAGGGCUCUUCUUCCCAGAGUUUGGAGGAUGGGCUUCUGGUAAAUGCUCAGUUUAUUCCAGGGCAGCAGCAAAGUAGUAAGUUACAUAGAGCCAACAAAAAUGUCCGAAUCCUCAAGAGCUCAACCCUGAAGCACAGAGCCCAUGGACCUAAUGCGGUGGAAAGUGGCUUACAGACAGUGAGGGAAAAAAGCAGAGUGGUGAGCAAGAAGUGUCAUUUCCCUGAUGACUUGGAUACAAAUAAGAAAUUCAAAAAAGUCUCCUCCAGGGGGAAGAAGGGUGGAAGCUCCCAGGCUGAGGCCGGUCUUUCCAGCAGGCCUACAGGCGGUCUCCAUCGGCCUGUGACCAAGUUCCACGGUCAUGGGCACGGAAGAGAGGCAGUUGUGGCCAAACCGAAACAUAAGCGAACCGAUUAUAGGCGGUGGAAGUCGUCCGCUGAGAUCUCCUACGAAGAAGCCUUGAGAAGGGCGAGGAGAAAUCGCAGGGAGCCCAUGGGGGUCUACAACCAGGUCCCUCUUCCGUAUGUGAGCCCAUAUGCAUAUGUGGCUAGUGACUCUGAAUACUCUGCAGAGUGCGAGUCCCUCUUCCACUCCACAGUGGUGGACACCAGUGAAGACGAGCAGAGUAACUAUACUACCAACUGCUUUGGGGACAGUGAGUCAAGCUUAAGCGAAGUGGAGUUUGUUGGGGAGAGCACCACCACCAGUGACUCUGAAGAAAGUGGGGGAUUGAUUUGGUCCCAGUUUGUUCAGACUCUCCCUCUCCAAGCAGUCACAGGUCCGGCUCUUCAUGACAACCACACAAAGACUUUUGUAAAAAUUAAGGCCUCUCAUAAUCUCAAAAAGAAAAUUCUUCGUUUUAGGUCUGGCUCUUUAAAACUGAUGACCACAGUCUGAAGUGACUUUUAGGUAUGGAAUGGAAUGUAUAUGACCUAGUUACAGAAGCAAGGUGGUUCUUGUUUUUUGUUUUAUUUUGUUUUGUUUUUUCUCCAGCUUUUUUCAUGCUUUUUUCAACACUUAAAAAACAACCACCACCAACCUAAGGUAAAUGAUGUCAUCCUCAUACCGUGUGUGGAUGUGAGUGCCUUUAAGUGAAGAAUAAAGAAUAUCUUACUAGGAAGGAAUAAAAAUCCUACAGUGUUCAUGGUGGUAACAUUGAAUGUUUAGUACCAGAUGACUUUAUUUUAAAUGUUCUGAUUCAUGAGUCUAAGAGUAGAUGGUCUUCAUCUGACUCUUUUAACUUGACUCAUCAUGUAGGAGUGCUUUUUAUUCCAAGGAUGGAACUUGAUAUUCAUCUUCCCCUUGAUUCCUUUGGGGGGGGUGAUGGGAGAGAGGAGAAAUAUCUGAACCUAUGAUGAGGAACCUCCUUUCUUUCACCCAAUUCAGAUGAUCAGUCUUAGAGAGUUAGUUGCCUGGGAGACUGAAAGAUUUAAUGAUUUACCCAGGAUCAUAAAGGGCUGGAUGGAUCAGAGAUCUGAAUUUGAACCAGUGUCUUCCUGGCCUCCAAGUCCAGUUCUCUAUGCCCCUUGAUUCUUUAGGGCAAAGGUCUUUAUGAGAAGUUUCCCGAGGGUUACACUCAAGUGUAUGAAGGAGUAAAGAAUAAGUUAUUAUUUCAUAUCAUUUUUCCUGCCUAUGUCAUUUGUGACAUUUAUUUCUCAGGCAAUUUUCCUUUCUUUAUUACUCCUCCUUGUCUACCUGCUUUUCUUGACCCAGGUCCUCUAGACCAGAAGUAAGUGACCGAGAAGAGGUAGAAACUUUAAGAUAGGGACGUACAUGAUGAAAAAGGAGAAAAUACAGGGCUGCAGGAAGAGUACCACUUGAAAACUGCAAGGACUAGAGCACUGUGCAGAAAACACUUUUCUAGGGUCACAGACUAGGAGUUAGUAUAUGGAUUCCUUCCAUUUUAAUCUCUAUGUCCGACUAUGGUGUCCUAGAAUGACUUGACCUUGGGAGUCAGAUUUUCUAUUAGGAUUCAUAGUGGUAUCAUUACCAUUGAAAUAACCUAGCUUCUCCCUGGGGAGUGUGAAUCCAAAGCCAUAACUGGGUCCCAUCUAUGCUUCUAGAAAGUUGCCUCCUUCAAGGUGUCUAGUUACCUUGACAGUCUAAAUCCUGAACAUGUUAGUGCAAUCCCUUACAGAGUGAGCCAUAGCUCCCUCUGGGAAGGGUUUAUUUACUAUUUAGUAAACAGUAUUGUGUAAAAUUGCUUUUUAUCAACAUGUAUGUCAUGUGCAAAAGUAGUAAUUGUUUUAAAUAUUCUUAUUGAUGUCAACUUUUCUGUAUAAUAUAAGCAGUAUGUUUUUAUAUCUCAUUGUGUAAAUUAA